ACUGUUUUGCGCAUGUGCAAUCAGCACACCCACGUGGCAGAAAUGGAGGAAAAGAGACUGGUAAAGCUUGUGGAGGCUCUCCCUAAAGCUGAGCUCCAUUUGCACAUUGAGGGCACUCUAGAGCCAGAGCUUAUGUUUCAGUUGGCCGAGAGGAAUGGAGUUAGUCUCGAAGGAACAGUGGAGUCACAUAAGGAAAGGAGGAAGAACUUCAAGAAUCUCCAAGACUUUCUGGACCUCUACUAUCAAGCAUGCAGUGUGCUGGUGAAGGAGGAAGACUUUUAUGACCUCAUGAUGGCCUACCUUCGUCAAGCAUCCGUCGAUAACGUCUACGUUGCUGAGAUAUUCUUUGACCCCCAGACCCACACUGAGAGAGGAAUUUCGUUUGCUCAUAUCAUCAAUGGUCUCCAUAGAGCUCUUGUUGACGGUCACCAUCGCUAUGGUAUCCGAGGUAGUCUCAUAAUGUGUUUCCUGCGACAUCUAACAGAGGAGUCAGCAUUCACCACUCUGACACAAGCCGAGUCUCAUCUAGACAAAAUACUGGGGGUGGGGCUAGACUCCGGAGAGGAGGGAAAUCCUCCUAGCAAAUUCCAACGUGUGUAUGAGAAAGCCAAGAGUCUCGGAUUGAAGCUGGUCGCUCACGCUGGGGAGGAGGUGGGUCCUUCCUUUAUCACCGAGGCAUUGGAUAUAUUGGGUGUGGCCAGGAUCGACCACGGUGUGCAGUGCAUUAAUAAUGAGGAACUCAUGAAACGACUUGUGAACGAGGGAAUUCCCCUAACAACAUGUCCUCUAUCCAACGAUAAGCUUCAAGUCAACUCCCGAUUCUUCAAUGGUCGAAAUGUUACCAAGGAGCUGCUUGACAAGGGGUUAAAGGUCACCAUCAACUCUGAUGAUCCUGCCUAUUUUGGUGGUUACAUAACUGACAACUUUUUACUAACUGUUCGCGAGUGUGGUCUAACUGAGAAAGAUGUCUACACAAUCUGUCGUAACUCAUUCAAUGCAACUUUUCUAUCGCCAGUGGACAAGCAACAUUAUCUGCGAGAAGUUGAUCGUGUCUGUGUUGCCAUGGGUUACAAGGUUCCAUCCCGUUCCGUGACAUUCUUUGGGUCCCGUGCCCCACGUUCUGGAAGUGUGGAAUACGAAACGUGUGUCGAAUUUUCCAAGGCAUUUUCAUCUCGAGGCUAUGCUGUUGUAUCUGGUGGUUAUAGUGGGCUAAUGGAGGCCUCGUCCAAAGGAGCCAGUGAAGGAGGCGCAGCCAGCGUUGGAGUAUUAGCCCCCCGGGUGUUUGCCGGACGACAUCACGCUGGAAAUCAGUACCUCAGUGCCGACCGAAUAGCAAGAAGUCUAACGGAACGAAUUGACCGAAUGCUGUGGGAGAGUGAGUACUUUGUUGUGUUUGGAGGUACGAUUGGAACAAUGACAGAACUAUUUGUUGCCUGGAAUGCCGCUUGCGUGCGUGCCGGCUUUGGAGGAGUUCCUCUGAAGAUCUACCUUCUUCGUGAGGCCUGGGAGAAGUGUCUGGGAGAGUUCAAUACCUCACGAGCUGUGUAUCCUCGGGACGUGGCCCUGCUGACGUUUGUAGAUAGUGCUGAUGAGGCAGUGAGAUUGGUGGAGGAGGACAUGGCUGCAAGGACUGCAAGAGCCACUUUGUAGAACUAGUGUUAUAUGGACUAUUAUGUGUGUGAACUCAGUGAUGGUGAAUUACAUGCUUAUUACCUAUUAAAUUUUUGCUACUGUUUAGCAAUUAUUCCAUGCAUUAAUUAUUAUUAAAUUUUUGCUACUG